CGAGUGCCCGCCGCGCCACGCGCCGCGGCGCGGCGGUCGCACCAACGGCCGCGCAUGCGCCGUCGGUCUCUGUUGGGGCGCGUUUGAUGUCAUCAGCGGGUGAAAAUGGCGGAGGGAGACCUGAACGUAGACAGCAUAAUUUCCAGGCUCUUAGAAGUCCGGGGAUGCCGCCCAGGAAAGACGGUGCAGCUGACGGAAGCGGAGGUUCGUGGCCUCUGCCUAAAGUCGCGAGAGAUCUUCCUCAGCCAGCCGAUCCUGCUUGAGCUCGAGGCACCGCUCAAAAUUUGCGGUGAUAUUCACGGCCAGUACACGGACCUGCUGCGGCUCUUCGAGUACGGCGGCUUUCCUCCCGAGGCCAACUACCUUUUCCUGGGCGACUACGUCGACCGAGGCAAGCAGUCGCUCGAGACCAUCUGCCUGCUGCUCGCCUACAAGAUCAAGUACCCCGAAAACUUCUUCCUGCUUCGGGGUAACCACGAGUGUGCGUCCAUCAACCGCAUCUACGGCUUCUACGACGAGUGCAAACGACGCUACAACAUCAAGCUCUGGAAAACGUUCACCGACUGCUUCAACUGCCUGCCCAUCGCCGCCAUCAUUGAUGAGAAGAUCUUCUGCUGCCAUGGCGGGCUCUCCCCCGACCUCCAGUCCAUGGAACAGAUCAGGCGCAUCAUGCGACCAACAGACGUUCCGGACACAGGUCUCCUUUGCGACUUACUCUGGUCGGAUCCCGACAAGGACGUCCAGGGCUGGGGCGAGAACGACCGUGGCGUCUCGUUCACGUUUGGGGCAGACGUGGUCUCCAAGUUCCUCAACAGGCACGACCUCGACUUAAUAUGCAGAGCUCACCAGGUCGUUGAAGACGGGUACGAGUUCUUUGCCAAACGCCAGCUGGUGACCCUCUUCUCAGCGCCGAACUACUGCGGCGAAUUCGACAACGCCGGCGGCAUGAUGUCCGUCGACGAGACGCUCAUGUGCAGUUUCCAGAUCCUGAAACCCUCCGAAAAGAAAGCGAAGUACCAGUACGGUGGUCUCAACUCCGGGCGGCCCGUGACGCCGCCUCGGGGGCCAGUCAAGAAGAAGUGAACGCCAACAGUGGGAAAGGGGUGAAAAACACCGUAACAGAGGACAGACAAUUCGACCGCAACAAACAACAACAAGCGUCUCUUACCCACCACCACCACCACCACCGAAAGCAGGAGCUACAUGCCCGCCUCUUCCUCACACCUCCUCUGUUUCCACGUUGCUGCCACCUCUGCCGCGCCGCUGCCAGCUCGGCCAAGUGUCUUCCGCGGGUCGUGUGGCACCCGCGGAACAACCCCCCCCUCCUUGUUUUUUUUUUUUUUUUCUUGUCCUUGUUCUUUUUGGUUCGGUAUAGCCCUGAGGUCUCUUUUUCGAUGUGUACGCCUCUCUCAUUGCGCUGUUGUUUCUCGUGUUAACAUCCCGCACUGGUGUUAAUUUUUAUCUUUUGUCAUCACGUUCACAUUUUCUUAGUUAUCCUUCGCCCCUCCCUCGCCCGCCCCUUCUCAUUUCGUUGGACAUGUUAUGACCGCUUUAGGCGCUGAGAAUGCACACACCGCUAGAGCGUUUUUAGUGCCUAAAGCAGUUAUGAUAUGAACAGAUAUCAACUUCUCCAACAAGGUCAUUUCGUUGUAGUUGUGCGAGUGGUGUCGUUUGAUACGCGGAGCGUGAAAUGUUGUUGACUUCUCACGAACAGGGUAGGUAGGUGGCUUGAACCUUUUAGUGGCCAGCUUGCAAAGAGUGCGUUUGUCACUACGGGCGUAGUGAAUUUGCCUUGAAACUCGUUUUGCAAACCGCUUUCUAUUGUUUCUUCUUCUAAAACCUGCUCUAUUGCGGAGGUGUCACAUGACAAACCUUAUGCUAUCUAAGAGGUGCAUAUUUGACUCUCCUUGUCGAGGCCUGAGCUAGUCUCGAAAAACUUUCCUGCCGGCAAACUCUUCUCUAGUGCAUUUUGACCGGUACAGUUGGGCACGUUUACAAAAUGGGCGUGCUUGAAAUUAGUGGCGACGUUGAUAGUGUGUUCUGACCACCCGUGCUUAUCGAUAGAUUUGUUUUCGCUAUUUCUAAUGGAUUCGUUGCUGUUGACAAUCGAGAGCUGUCAACAUUUGGCCAGUCAGUUAGCUGGCUAGUAAAGAUUGUCUGUGUUUUAUCGAAUGCGCUUCGUGGCUGAUUUUUGUGUUGCCUGUUCCCUUUGUAUUAAAGAAGUUCCCUCUCCACCAGUUCUUUUUUCCAGUGCAUUUUUUUUUCUUACUAGAAUGAAUGGUGUUUGCCUAUAACUUUUGCUGGGGAUACUGGGGAGGUGGCAUAAUCAUUUCUCACAUUUUCCCAUUGUGUUUUAGUUAUUUCAACCAUUUCCUCUGUGCAAAUCAGUCUGUACAGACAGUCUAGUAGUUGCCAUUGCCAGAGACGAUUUUCGCGUAGCAGAAUACGACUUUGUUAGGAUGCAGGAUGCCUUUGUUUGCACUCGUCACAGGACUUCCCACGUCAUUCGCGCACCUAGCCUGACAUCUUAGCAGCAAUGUGUCGUGUGAUAGGACCACGUCAUAGUGGGUCGCAAAGUGACAUCUCUGCCUGCACAGGUUACGGUGUGCGUGUGUUCUAAGCAGCUUGGUCGAUGCAAAUGCGGCCGUGAAUUGGUACCAAUUUUCAAGCUAACGACAAGUUUGGAUCACUCUGCAAGCUUGGCACACUUUUUUUGUGGGGUGCAGGUGUGCAUCCUUCCUGCAUUGCACACACUGAAAACCUCCUCGAAAAUUGCAUCUGUAACUUGAUGUAGCGACGCGUUGGACAGAAAUCACAUCUGUAACGUGAUGUGUUAGACGGUGAAAAGAGUUUCAAGAAACUUUCCGUCGAUGCUUUCUUAUGCAGCCAUUCCUUGUCAGGGUUGUCUCGUUUGGAACAGUUCUGUGCAGACAAAUUAUACCGCAUCACCUCGUUGGGAGUUCGCUCCAAGGAGGUGAUGGUGGAAUUCUGCGUUAAUGAAAUGUUAAGAACGAGCUCCCUCUUCAUCUAACCACAAUGUCAAGCCCUGUGACGGAACGCUAAAAACAGCGAUUAGAACGUGGCACUCGUUUUGUAUAAUAGCUUGCGGAGGAACGAAAUUGGCCUUGAAGCUGGCGUAGUGGAUUUCUAUCGUAUGCACUCGUAGUUUUGCCGUCGGAAUAGCUCUUUCAUUCUUUUCGAAGCCGUUCGUACUAGAAGUCGUAAACCGCCUGUAAAAUAUCUUCGCUCUUGUUCGGAAAGGUACUACUACCACUGUUGGUGUACAGUUCUAGCGAGUCCCAAUAACCACAUCCCGCAAAACGAAAUCUGCCAUGUCUGCUUCGGAGGGACGGGGUGAGGAGGGUCGGGGAGGGACGGCGAAUAAACUGGCGUCACAACAAAGAGAGCCCGCACUGUUACUUCGCGGGGAGGAAUCGGAGAGCGCGCGUUUCGUCUGCGCCAGGGCCUGCGACGUCACGUGGCCAUUGACGUUUUGAGGCUCGUUUGUGGCGACGAAGGUGCGGCUGUGUCUUGCUGUGCUCCAGCACUGGAGGGCUGACCGGCGGUUGUAGAUUUUGCCAACUUAGCCGCAGUGGCGAUUUGCAUCGAUUGACGGCGGCUUGCAAUGUGUAGCGGCCGCUUGGAAGCUUCGAGGUUGUUAAAAGUGGCAUGUCUUUCUCCUUUCAAAACAGAGGUUAAUAAACAGUUGGGAAAGAAAAA